GAGGAGUAUGUCGCCAGAAGUUUCUUGAAACCACAAUAAACACAAACACAAGACUCGAAGAAAGCUCCACAAGCAAACCAUAGAUAUACAUUGAGGGAGGCCGAUUUGGGGUCGGCAGGCAGCCAUGGGUGUGGAUUACUAUAAAGUUCUGCAGGUAGACCGCAACGCUAAAGACGAUGAUUUAAAGAAAGCCUAUCGAAAGCUCGCUAUGAAAUGGCAUCCUGAUAAGAACCCUAACAACAAAAAGGAUGCGGAAGCCAAAUUCAAAACCAUCUCCGAGGCCUACGAUGUUUUGAGUGAUCCACAGAAGAGGCAAAUUUAUGAUCAAUACGGUGAGGAGGGUUUGAAGGGGCAGGUGCCACCACCAGGUGCCGGUGGGUUUUCUGGUAUGCCGAGUGAUGGUGGUUCAACAACGUUCAGGUUUAAUCCUCGUAACGCAGAUGACAUAUUUUCUGAAUUCUUUGGGUUUUCUAGCCCAUUUGGAGGUAUGGGGGAGAUGGGAGGGUCUCGUGGAGGACCAGGGGGGCAGUUUCCAAGGAGCAUGUUUGGUGAUGAUAUAUUUUCUCAAUUUAGAGGUGUUGGUGGUGGGGGUGAAAGUUCUGCUAGCAUGCAACCUAGGAAAGGGGCUGCCAUUGAACGCACAUUGCCAUGUAGCUUGGAGGAUCUCUAUAAGGGGACAACAAAGAAGAUGAAGAUAUCUCGGGACGCCACUGAUGCUACUGGGAGACCCACCACAGUGGAAGAAAUUCUUACAAUCGAGAUCAAACCCGGGUGGAAAAAGGGUACGAAAAUAACCUUCCCGGAGAAAGGAAACGAACAACGAGGUGUAAUUCCUUCGGACCUCGUGUUCAUUAUCGAUGAGAAACCACAUUCCGUCUUCAAACGGGAUGGCAAUGAUCUGGUUGCGACCCAAAAGAUAUCACUAGCUGAAGCUCUGACUGGUUACACCGCACAAGUCACAACGCUCGACGGCCGAAACUUGACCAUCCCGAUCAACGCGGUAAUCAGUCCAACUUAUGAAGAGGUGGUGAAAGGCGAAGGGAUGCCGAUACCUAAAGAACCUACUAAAAAAGGGAAUUUGAGGGUGAAAUUCAACAUCAAGUUCCCUACAAGACUUACUUCAGACCAGAAAACGGGGAUCAAGCGACUGUUGACGGCUUCCUGAAGCGGGAAUCAAGUAAGUCGUUAAUGUAUUUUCUGUUUGUUAGCGUUUUUGUGGGCAUCGGAAUCUUAGAACUACAGUUAUUUUAGUUGAAAACAUUCCUUUCGAUCGAUGUUUAUUUUUGAAAGGAAUCUUGUUUAAUUGUGUUACUGUAACUUCUGGCUUUUUUUUUUUUUUUUUUCUGGAGGAACUUGGGAUAGAAUUUGUUGGACAUUUGUUGUGUUAUUAAUCUCCAGUUUAUACAGAAUUCCUCCAUGUUAGAUCA